GGAGGUUUCACAGCCAUGGCGGAGCACUUGGCAUCCAUCUUCGGCACAGAGAAGGACCGCGUCAACUGCCCCUUCUACUUCAAGAUCGGAGCUUGCCGGCACGGAGACCGCUGCUCCCGCCUCCACACCAAGCCCAGCAUCAGCCCCACCCUUCUUCUCUCCAACAUGUACCAGCGCCCCGAUAUGCUCACCAACCCGGGCGUCGACCCCCAGGGCCAAGCCCUCGACCCCCGCAAGAUCCAGGACAACUUCGAGGAUUUUUAUGAGGAUCUGUUCGAGGAGCUGAGCAAGUACGGACAGAUCGAGAGCUUGAAUAUCUGUGACAAUUUGGCUGACCACAUGGUUGGUAAUGUGUACGUUCAGUUCAGGGAGGAAGAACAUGCUCAAGCUGCGCUUCAGAAUCUCACUGGGAGGUUCUAUGCGGGGCGUCCCAUCAUCGUCGACUUUUCCCCCGUGACGGAUUUUCGUGAAGCUACUUGUAGGCAGUAUGAAGAAAAUGUAUGCAAUCGAGGUGGCUACUGCAACUUCAUGCACUUGAAGAAAAUUAGCAGGGAGUUGAGGAGGCGGUUAUUUGGGAGAAACAAGCGAAGGCAUAGUCGCAGUCGAAGCAGAAGCCGCAGUCCUCAAAGGCAUCAUCGUGGUGGUUAUCAGGAGCGCCCACAUGGAGGUCGUGGUUUCGGUAGAAGAGGAGAAGAUGACAGAGAUCAUCGUUUCAAUGAUAAGAGCAGGAGGCCUAGAAGCCGCAGUCCUGGGCGUAGAGGAAGAAGUAGAAGCCCUGUGGGUGCUGGGGGAAGGAGGAGGAGUCCUCCAGCCAGGGAAAGUAGUGCCGAAAGAAGGGCUAAGAUCGAACAAUGGAACAAGGAGCGGGAACAGGUGGACUCUGGAAAUAAGUAUGAUGACAAUAAUAACAGCAACAAUCAGGAUGAUCAAUGGAAUGGUUCUGCAGAGAACAAUGAUCAGUACUACGACGAUCCUCAUCAGCAGCAGCAGUAGCACGUUAGAUACAAAAUUAAUCUUCCUGCUUCCAAGAUCAAGCCUCAGUUAUUUCAAGCAGCUUACUGUGCUACUUGUAUACAAGAUGGCUGUUGUCCAGGAACUAUGUCCAUUAUCUCUAAUGUGAUGGAUUUUGGAGGCGGUAAGGUAAUUUCGCGAUCUUGGUGCAGGAGUCUGCCGCCUACAAUGGUGAGUUUUUAUUAUAGGAAAGAUCCUAGUGUACGUGAAGAGACAUGAAUGUUUUUACUGGAAUUACAAGAUAUUUUCUGAGAUGUCUUGAUUAAGUUCUUCAAACCUAUGCUGUUAGAAGUGUUAGCGUGAUCUUUUGUUGCUGCUUUUCCUAAUUCGGGUGACUGACGGUGAUUAUAUUAUUAUUCCUGCUACUUCCUUUA